CACUUACAAAAAUAACAACGAAGGAUUGACACGUUUCUUUCCAUGGCUACAUAAGCUAGCUAGAGAUGGAAGAAGCACCGCCACAAAAAAAAAAAAAAAAAAAAAAGAUUCACCACCACCACCACCACAAUAUUAUUUGAACUCAUUUUAAUUGAGAGAGAGAGAGAGAUGGAAGGAGAGAAAGGCAGAGUAUGUGUUACAGGGGGGACUGGGUUCGUAGCCUCGUGGCUGAUCAUGAAGCUCCUGGAGCAAGGCUACUCUGUUAACACGACUGUUAGACCUCACCCAGAACACAAGAGGGACGUUAGCUUCCUGACGAGUCUACCAGGAGGAUCAGAGAGGCUAGAAAUCUUCCAUGCAGAUUUAAGUGAACCCAGCGGCUUUGACGUGGCUAUUAAAGGAUGUAUUGGUGUCUUUCAUGUAGCUUCCCCAACUCUAGAUUUUGGAAAUGGAGAACCUGAGGAAGUAGUUAUCCAACGAGCAACUGAUGGAACAUUAGGAAUCUUGAAGGCUUGCUUGAACUCAAAGACAGUGAAGCGAGUUGUGUUGACUUCUAGUGCAUCAGCGGUAGCUUUUAAUGGCAGUGGUGUGGAGAUGAUGGAUGAAGCUUACUGGAGCGAUGUUGAUUAUAUUAAAGCCUCAAACUUGCCCAUAGGCCCUUACUUUAUUUCCAAAACUUUAACGGAGAAAAGAGCUCUUGAAUUCGCACAAGAACAUGGAUUGGACCUUGUAACUUUAGCCCCAACCUACAUUCAUGGCCCCUUCAUCUGUCCAAACAUGCCUUCUUCAGUUCGCAUUUCCUUGGCUAUGGUGCUGGGUGAUCGGGAGAAUUACGGGUUACUCAUUAACACACCCAUGGUACACAUUGAUGAUGUGGCUAGGGCACAUAUUUUCCUCCUUGAAUAUCCUGAAGCAAAAGGGAGGUAUAUUUGUUCUAAAGACACUAUAACAAUUGAAGAGAUGUCUGAAUUUCUUUCUGCCAAGUAUCCUGAGCACUCAAUACCAACAUUAGAAUAUUUAAAGGAUGUUGAAGGCCUUAAAACCUCUGGUCUAUCCUCGAAGAAACUAGUCGAUUCUGGUUUCAAAUUUAGGUAUGGGCUUGAAGAGAUGUUUGACGGGGCCAUUCAAUGCUGCAAAGAAAAGGGUCUUCUCUAGUUCAAUGAAUCUAGGACAAACUAGCCACUUGCCAAUGUGCUCCUGCGAGGCGAUUGUCCGAAACCUGUUUUUAUUUAAUGUUGUAAUAAUGAAGAUUUAUAUCUUAAAGAAUCUCAAGUACCUUAUGGAAUAUUAGUUUUAUCUAAAAUAAAUAAAUAUUUGUAAAAGUUUCAAUA